AGGACUGGCGCCUUGGAGAGAAGAAAUGUUCUCGAAACCCAACGGCGAAGGAGGAAAGUUCCCGGCAGGUGGAGGAAGAAAGGAAACCCUGGGCUUUCAAUUGGAGUUCUGCGGGGACAGAUCUGUACCAGCGGUGUGUUUUCAACGGCUUAGAGCCUUGUGAGCAGUACAGGCAGGUGUGUAGCCUUUCCGACAUCAUUGUUCCUUCAUUCGUUGCGAUUUGGGACAAGUACCGAGCCCUCCAACCAGUUGCUUUCAGACCCCAACAGGGGGGGUUGAGGCAUCUCCGAUCAGAAAAGCGGGAGCAGCGGGCCGAGUGUCCAUGUCUCCGCGAGACACCGUUGAUCUGUGUAUCCCAAGGUUAGACUCCAUCGAUCUGAAGAUUGCUGGAAUGCCUUUGAUGUGGAAGGUGAUCAACGCAGUGUGUAUUUUGCUGCCCAAGAUCUUGGUUUGGAAGCUGACGGUCCAGACAGGCAUUACGUUCCUGAUGGAAACAGCUUCGAUCAGUGAUUUGGUUGUGAACUCCAUCGCGUUGACCUUCAUUUUGUCCAUUGAUGAGAUGAUUUGUGAGACCUUGACAUCUCAAAGCACGCUGUCGAUGCUCAGUCGAUGCAAAGACUACCCACUCUUUGACAUUGAGGCUGCAACCAUGUCAGAUGACGAGCUCUUAACCAGAUAUGGGGGUGCCAAGCUCGAGGAGGGUGUACGCUGUCGGGACCUUCUUGCGAUUCUUUUCCCUACACGACUAGUUUGUGUCAUAAUCAUCACGAUUUACUUUGUGUGGAGCUACUAUCGGAUACAUUGUCAACAAGAUGGCGCGACCUUUUGGCCGAACCCCCUCAGAACGCCAACGACUGCAGCAUUUUCGAUCUUCAAUGCCCUCUUCCCGGAUCUCUUUCCCAUCCAUGUUGUGGAUGAGCCUUCAUGGGAGAUGCCCGAAAAGUGAGCCGGCAAUUCGCGGCCGCUUGUGGCCAAAACGUUGGGCCUUGUGGCACCACCCAGUCGAUCCAAACGACCCAAUCACAC